UCUGACGUCACUUCCUGUCAAAUCCUACGGCCCGCAGCCGCCAAAAAGGACUGAACAUUGUCAGACAUGGAUAUGUCAGAGAAAGAGAAAACAGGUAUCAGCAGGUUUGUGUGUGAUCAACUGCGUGAUGAGCCAGACCUCAGCACACUAACCUUAAGAAUAUUGAGAAAACGAUACCUGGAACGUGCGCAAUGUGACUCAUUAAGUCCAGAGGUCAAACAUUUCAUCAAGCGGGUGGUUGAAGAGGCACUGAUAAAAAUGCAGGAAAAUGAUGAAAACGAUGGUGAGCUGGAAACCAAGAAUUCCCAAAACAAAAGGAAGAGAGAAGAUGAGGUGUUGAGUGGGGGGGAAGACGAAGAUGUAUCCACAGCAAAAAAGCUCCGUCGUCGGUCGAGCCCAUCCUCGGAAUCAGAGGUCAAAAAGGACUGCAAAACAGGAAGUGAUGACAGUGAGGAGGAAGAGAAAGUGAAAUCUGAGGAUGAAAAGAAAGAGGUAAAGAAAUCCCAGCGCACCACAAACGGGAAGAGUAAACCGCAGAUAAGCAGUGAGGAAUCAUCUGAUGAAGAAAUGAAUGAGUCAGAAAAUAAAAGCAAAGAGAGUAGCUGUGAGGACAGUCCAAAAGAAAAGGCGAUAAAGAAAACGGAUGCGACAAAGAAUGGAGAGUCGGGAAGCAGCGAUGCAAGCAAAGGAAAGAAAACACCUCAGAGUGAUGAGGAGGAUAAACCCGACACAGAGAGCGAGUCAGAAGAAAGUGAACAAAUGAAGGACAAAGACCCCUCAGAUGACAGUGAAAAAGAAGAAAAAGUCUUGGUGGAAAAGAAAAACAACGACUCUGACUCGUCACUCACCUCAUUGGACGAGGAACAGAAUAAUGGAAAAGAAAAUACAGCAGCUGGUAAAAAGAAGAAAGCCACGAAAAAAGUGGAGAAAAAAGAGAAGAGCGCCAGCGGUCCAAAGGGGGACAAUACAUCCGUUGUGAGGCUCAAGCGCUACAUUACUCUCUGUGGCGUGAGGCUGAAUUACAAGAAGGUGCUCCAGGACUGUCACUCGGUCCGCUCCCAGGUGGCUGUCCUGAAGAAGCAGCUGGAAGAUCUUGGUGUUGAUGGUCAGCCAUCUAUUAAGAAAUGCAGAAAAAUCAAAAUGAAAAGAGAGGAAACUCAGGAACUAGCUGAUCUCGAUGUCAGCAACAUCAUUGUCACAGAAGGUCGACCUAAGCGCAGAGGAACCUCUGCAGGGAAGGAGUGGCAGGACUCUCCAUCCUCCACAUAUCUGCGCACUGUGAACUCCGGCUCUGAUAGUGAUGAAGAAAACAAACCAAACAGAGGGCGAAAGAGACUCUGGGCCAACCUGCAGGGGAUCAUCAGUGACGAUGCAGACAGCAACUGACUGGGACACUAGUGUUCUUAGAUAUGGAUAUUUAUCUUUCGUUAUGUUUUUUGUAAAAGUUGGCUUUACGUAUAUUUUAGAUACUAUUACAAAUGUAUUUCUGAAACCUUUUGCAAAAAGAUAGAUUGUUGAAAUCAACACAUGACGUUACAUGUCUUGUUAUACUAUGUUAAAUGUAAUUCUAUGCUAUAUUUCUAAUAAAGUUGUUGUGCUUUGAUCAAAUAAGUAUUUACAUUUUAACCAGAGCUUUAAACUAUAUGGGUUCCUGAUUUAUAUUGCUUAUUCUAAAUUAAUAAAAAAGUAAUCAAUAAUGCUAAAAAGGACAGGAAAUGUAUUAAUUCAGUUAAUAAUACAUUAAUAUGGAAACAGGUAGUUAACAGCAGUAAUAGCAGUAAUAGUAUGUGUCCGGACGGUCCGGACACAUUUCCGGAACUAACGUAAGUAAGCUCUUGGAUAUUCGGAAUGUUUUGCAGACGGACCAGUCCCACGGUGUAACGUGUCCGCUCGAUCUCCUGCAGGUCAAUGAGAUAUUUCUUGUUAAUAAUUAUUGUACCACCCAAGUAAUUGCCUUUUGUGUGUGUACGGCAGUAUUAUGUUGUGUUGUUGCUUAUUAAUAAGUCAGGACGUAUUUUCAGUGAGACAACGCAUGAUAAAACACAAUAACUGCAUGCAUGUGACCCUCAAUCCCUCUGUCAAGUAUCAGUAGGCCUACAUAAUAAAAGAAACGAUACGAACAUUA